AUGCUCGGCGUGGACUCGGCGCACGCCGCUAAGGGCCUCAAGCUCGGGUACAGGCACGUGCGAUGCGGCACGGCGUCGGGCGAUAAGAACAUCAUCGACGCCGGCGCAGCCAUCGCCUCUAUCAUUGCGUCUGGCGUCGCUCGAGAAUCCAUCUACGUCAGCGCGAAGAUCGCGCCGGGCGAGAUGGCCGACCCGUCAUCGGCGUGCGACGCGGUGCUCAAGGAGCUCGGCGUCGACAAGCUCGACCUGCUCUCCAUCGAGUGGCCCGUCGGCGGCGCGGACGCGGUGCGCGACUGCUGGCGUAAGAUGGAGGCGCUCGUAGACGCGGGAAAAACCGUGGCGCUCGGGCUGUGCAACGCGUCCGUCCCGGUUGUCGAAUCCGUGUGCAAAGACGCGAGGAUCAAGCCCGUCGUGAACGAGGUGGAGGCGCACCCGCUCAUGGCGCACCGCAAGCUCGUCGGCGUGUGCAGGAGGUACGGCGUCGUGCCCGCGGCCAACGCGCCCCUCGGGAUGAGCAACGCAUCGUCCGAUAAUCCGCUGGUGACGCAUCCGAAGAUGGCGGAGGCGAUGGCGGUCACCGGCGAGGGGAAACCGGCUGGGCAAACCCCGGAGCAGAUCCUGGCGAGGUGGAGCGUGCAGCGCGGGGUGCCCCUCGUCGUCGACGCCGGCGCGAGUGACGCGAUCGUCGAGGCGAUCGCGCGAUGCCACGACUUUAGGCUGCUCAACGCGCAAAAGGCGGCGGUGGACGCGAUGGAGCCGCCGCCGCGCGUGGGUGGGACGCGGUUCGUGUCACCCCCGCCCGGGGUUGACUUCGCGUUCGACGAUCCGUUCCUCGGCGGGGUGGCGCGGCCGGGGCUCGAGCUGGAGAAGGCCGGUCUCCUCUGA